AUGUCAUCAACAAAAUUGCCAUUAGCAGCUUCGUUUCCGGAACCGAUACUGCCGUUACCGUAUAGUAUUCGUUUUUAUGAAAUGCAGAGUAUGCAAAUACUUCCGGCGUCUAAUCAUUUGCGAGUUUCCAAUCGUUACGAGCAAAAGUACUUGAAUGUGAAAUUUAUUAUUUCUAUUAACUGA